AUAAAUAAUUAUUUUUAUAAUAAAACGUCGUGAUUAAUUUUAUGAAAUAUAUAUAGAUUAGAACAAAUAAUGCCUCCAAAGGGUAUAUAAGGAAAGAGUACGAGUGUGUUUUAUCAGAAGUCUAGCAGACGUUCACAACAACAAGUCAUAGCUAUAGCUGCCUAGAAGAAUAAACAUUUUGGAAAUUACAUCAAGUUGUAUAAUUUAAAUUGUUAAAAGUUAAAAAAAGAAGUAACUGAAAACACCGGCAAGAUGGAAAUCGUUGAUGUUAUUUAUGGCAAAUUGUCCAUACCAACCGAUGUGGCUGCCAUUGUGGACACGCCACAAUUUCAACGCUUGAAAUCCAUUAAACAAUUGGGAUUUUUGAAAAUUAAUAAUUGUAUUGAACGUGAUCAUCAUCGUUAUUCUCAUUGUUUGGGAACAUAUCAUGCUGCCUGUCGGAUGUUAGAUGCUUUGGAGAAAAAUACCCAGUGGUUAAGCGAUAAUAACAAUAAAAUACCUCUGGUAUAUCGCAAAGCUGUUCAGAUAGCAGCUCUUUUGCAUGAUAUAGCCCAUGGACCAUUUUCACAUGGCUGGGAGCAUGUAGCAGACGAUUAUUUACAUGAAAAAGAAGCAUUUUCCUGCAUUGAUUACAUCUUCCAGAGAAUAAAUAAAGAUUUAUUUCCCGAACUGCGUAACAACAAUAACUUUGGCAUUGAAUUAAUAAAAGCCUUAAUCUAUGGUAAAAUUGAUGAAUUUAAAUAUCUAAAUGAAUUACCCCAACAGUUUCAAUUUAUAUUUGAGAUUGUCAGCAAUAAACGUUCAGAAUUUGAUGUCGAUAAAUGGGAUUAUUUAAAACGUGAUUACCACUAUUUGCAACAUAUGAGUAAACCCAAUAUGGACUUUGAUGAUGUCUUCCUUAAGGCUAGAGUCUCUGAUUGUGGUACUCAAAUUGAGUAUCGUUAUGAGGACUAUGAUAAAAUCUAUAAUCUGUGUGCGGCACGUUAUGAUUUCCAUGUUAAUUGCUAUUCAUUGCCGCAAUAUUUAUUAUGUGAUUAUCUAAUUGAUUUGGCCAUACAGGAAUGUAAGCCUGAAAUCAAUAAUAUUUUAGUGAAGGAUAUUAGAGCAGAUAAUAUUGAGGAGUUUUUACAAUUAACGGAUGAUAACGUUAUGAAAUUGUUGAAAAAAAGUGUUUUGUGGAAAUUUUUGCAAUAUGACACAAAAUUCCAACAAGUUGAGGAACUUGAACAGAAGACUGUUGAAGCUAGUGUUGAAGUAGAAAGUUUAGAAGAAUAUAUGCCCAAAGGAAAAAGAUUAAGUUUUUAUGGUGACAGCAUAAACCAGCCUGUAAUCUAUGAUGAAACCAAAAAUGUUAGAAAAACUUAUACUUGCUAUUGCGAUCAAAGCACACAAACAGUUUAUUAUACAGUACAACAUGAAUGAAUUGAAAUGUUUAAAACAAAUAAAAUCAAACUACCACAAAACGAAAGUGGUACUAAAACCAAGAGAAUAAACAAGAAAAAUCAAACAAAAGUACCUUUUUGUAAUAAACUAAAAACAUUAUUUAAUUUAAUUUAAGAAAAAUAUCACAUUUCCAGAUAUUUAUUAUUAUUUUUUAUUGUUAUUUUAAAACAUAUUUCUUUGUUUUUUUUUUAUCUAUAUGUUUUAAUAUUUUCGUUAAGUUGUUUUUACCCCCAUUAACACGAACUCUGGUUAUGCGUUAACUAAUAGUUAUAUUGUCGGUUAAAAUUAUUUUUGUAUGAAAACUGUCAGUAUAACUAUUAGUUAAUACAUAACCAGCCUUUGUGUUACUGGGGGUUAAUAUAAUUUCACAACUAAUCGUAGUUUAAAGUAAACAAAUCUUGAA